UGGGGGUUUUUUUCUUAGUUUUUUAUAAAAUACGUGAGAUGGAUAAAUGAGCAAGAUUGGUGGUAAAUUAGAUCUUGUGAAAUCAGGGACAUCAUUGCCGGAAAAAAGGUCUUUUAAUGUUUUAGAAGAUCAGGAUGUAGAUAAAGAUACGGAGAUAAAAGAGGGUAUAUCGUCUAAUAAAUCUAUGGUUACAUUUUCUAAAGUACAAAAUCUUCAACUUUUUAUUGGAGCACAUGUUUCAGCGGCAAAAGGUGUAGAAAAUUCUAUUCUUAAUAGUAUUGAUAUAAAUGGAAACGCAUUUGCAUUGUUCUUAAAGUCUCAAAGGAAAUGGAUAUCGCCAUGUUUAAAACCCUAUAAUAUCCAAGAAUUUAGAAAACUUUGUAGUAAUCAUGGUUUUGAUCCUAAAAAACAUAUUCUUCCUCAUGGAUCUUAUCUUGUUAAUCUUGCAAGUGCAGAUAAGGAAAAAAGAGAUAGAUCAUAUGAAAAUCUAAUAGAUGAUGUAAAACGUUGCCAACAGUUAGGAAUAGGAAAAAUUAAUUUUCACCCUGGGUCAUGUGGAACUUCUAGUAGAAUAAGUGGAAUAAACAACUUGGCUGAUUGUAUAAACAAAGCACAUAAAGAUGUUAGUGAUGUUAUGCUUGUUAUUGAAAACAUGGCAGGUCAAGGAAAUACUCUUGGGACUAGCUUUGAGGAAUUAUCUACUAUUUUGAGCAAAGUCGAAGAUAAAUCUAGAAUUGGGAUUUGUCUUGAUACUUGUCAUCUUUUUGCUUCAGGAUAUGAUAUAAGAAAUAAGGAUUCGUAUAAUAAUGUUAUGAAUCAAUUUGAAAACAAAAUUGGAUUCCAAUAUCUUGUUGGUGUUCAUUUAAAUGAUUCAAAAACUCCUCUCGGAUCUAGAAGAGAUCUUCAUGCUAAUAUAGGACGUGGAUAUAUAGGACUUGAAGCUUUUAGAUUGCUUAUAAAUGAUAAAAGAAUGCAAGGCAUUCCUCUUAUAUUAGAAACACCAACAAAUGAUGAUUCGAAAGUAUGGCAAGAGGAGAUUGAGCUUUUGAGAUGGUUGUAUGGAAAAGAAUCAGACGAUGCUGAAUUAUCUGCUAAAUCAAAUGAAUUGAAACAAUUAGCAAAGAAUGAGCAUUUAAAUAAUUUAAAGAUAGAUAAAAAUUCUAAAAAAAUUAAAAAAAUAAAAAAAUAAUAUCAUUUUGUUUUUAUAAUACUAUUAAGCUAAGGUUUUUACGU